AUGCCGACCAAAAUGGCAGCGGUGGACUUCGAGUUCGGUCCGCCGCUCGGCACUGGGGCGUUCAGCAAAGUGGUCGUUGGCUUGUAUAAGCCGACAAACGUCCGGUAUGCGGUGAAAUUUAUCUCGAAGAGGUCCAUUCUUGACGCCCCAACGGAUGAAGAACGCACUCGCAUGGCUGAGGUGGCUCGGCGAGAAACUAGAAUGCUGCUCAUGUGUGAGCACCCCAACAUCGUCAAGUUCCAUGCCUCAAUGCAGACGACGGAGGAUUUGCUGUACGUGACAGAGCUUUGUGAAGGAGGAGAGCUGCUAAAGCAUAUUGAAAGGUGGGGGCACAUUCCUCUUGAGGCGGCACGCCACGCCAUUGCCGAAUUGUUCUCAGCCGUCUUCUACCUCCACCACGGCGAAAAGAAGUGCAACUCUGGUCCAAGCGGACCGGCCAUGAAGCCGCUGACGGUGAUACACCGCGACAUCAAGCCAGAAAACAUAAUGCUCAGCGUGGACAAGCAUCUCCGCCUCAUCGAUUUUGGAACGGCCGUCGUGUGCCAGUCUGCGGACGACAAGGCCACUGGUGAGGAGACUGGCAGUGGUCGGGCCCAGACCUUCUGUGGAACCACCUGUUACAUGUCUCCCGAACUGUUGGAAAGCAGUUAUACGUGUUGCGCGUCUGACUACUGGGGCUGCGGCUGCGUACUGUACUUGAUGCUCGUGGGUCAGCGCCCUUUUGACGCAUCCACGCAGUACUUGCUCAUCAAAACCAUCCUUGAAAAGGAGCCAGAGUUUCCUGACAACAUGGACCCAGACGCGAAAGACCUGAUUCGCAAGCUACUGGUGAAGGACCCAAAGGCGCGUAUCGGUAUGAAGGAGAUCAAGCGUCACCCGUUUCUGGCAUCUGUCAACCUCUCCACUGUCGCGGACCAAAAAGUGGCCGAUUUUUGGCUUCGGGAGACACCGUGGGUGGAUGAGGCGAGCAUUUCGGCGUGCAUGGGGUGCCAGCGGCCGUUUGGAAUCCUGCGCAGCAAGCGGUUCUGCCACAACUGUGGGCGUAUUACGUGCAACUCCUGUAUCGGAGACCUCCGGAUUAUUCCGGAAUCUCGGUGGAAGGCGCCUCAGCGCGUGUGCACGCCUUGUGCUGGGAUGUUGAACGAUGUGUCCACAUCGUAG